GGGCGCGGCGGGCGCUGCUGCGGGGGGGGCUCCUGCUGUGCCUGGGGCUCCUCCUGCUCUGGGCCUCCAUCUUCCUCUACGGCACCUUCUACUGGGCUUACCUGCCCAUGGCCACCGUCGUGCGGCCCGUGCACCUGGGCUUCAGGUCAGACUGUGAUGUUGCCCCCCCCGAGCUCUGCUCCUUCCCCACGGCCAACGUGUCCCUGCUGGGGGAGCACCGCGAGAAGGUGCUCCUGUACGGGCAGCUGUACCGGGUGUCCCUGGAGCUGGAGCUCCCGGAGUCGCCGGUGAACCGGGAGCUCGGCAUGUUCAUGGUGGCCGUGACCUGUUACGGGGCCGGGGGGAGACCCUUGGCCUCAUCCGCGCGCUCGACCAUGCUCCAUUACCGCUCCCGCCUGCUGAGGACCCUCCACACCGUGGCCUUCGCCGGACUCUUCCUCAGCGGCUUCGCGGAGCAAACCCAGACCCUGGAGGUGGAGCUGAUGGACCGCUACCAGCGAGGACCCCUACAACCCGACAGUGGAGGUGGUGCUGGAGCUGCGGAGCCGGCGGGUGCAGCUCUACAGGGCCCAGCUGAGGGUCCACGCCCACUUCAGUGGGCUCAGGACACGAGGAGCGAAGGACACGGAGACCCCCUG